AUGGUUGAGCUGCCCCCAGUCGGUGUACUUCUAUGUGGAGGGGUAUCGAUGGAUUCAUCAGAUCCGUCCUUGGCAGACAUAGGAAUCCCCAAGCCGCUCCUGUCAGUGGCGAACAAACCUCUGUAUAGUUACGCAGUACAGGCGCUGACGGCUAGCCCUUUGGUAAGCCGGGUGGUGCUGAUAGGGUGGACAGAGCACGCCGAUGCUCUACGGUCAUCAGUGAGCGAGUAUAAGGAUCUGUUCAAUGGAGUGGAGGUGUCAGUGGAAGGGGUACCGGCCGAGGCCUCUGCUGCAGAGGCGUUGAUGCUCGUGCUUGAACGACAGGCUGAUCUUAAGGGGAAGUCUUUGCUGGUGGGCUAUGGCGACUAUAUGGGCGCAUGGCCGGUUCGGAGUACUCAGUCAGCGGCUGAGGUGGAGGUCUCGAUGGCCCGGGUGAAGGAUGUCCCUGAGGACUUCGUGUACACGGCGUAUGGGACUGUGGAGAAGACAAUUGUGGUAUUGAAGUCCGCUGAGGCAGUGGCUUUCGACGGCAGUCUGUCCCUGGGCUUGUCCAAGGUCUUUGCAGAGGGGGACGUGACACUGGUGCGCAACCUUGUUGAUACUGGCUGUUAUUACAUGGGUGGCAAUGCAUUGGAGAGGCUAAGGGAGUUCAUGGCUGAUGAAGAUGAGGUGGACCGGAAUCUGAGGGACGGCUUCGUACCGUGGAUGGUCGACAAGGGCUAUAGGGUCCUGUUGAACGGUCCUUCGGAGUCUCCAUCAGUGGACCCGUGUAAGAGCAGGGUUAAAGGCACUGAGAGCCUCCUACACUUCAACCAGCAGAAGUUGAAGCAUGAUCGUAGCACAGUGAAGGGCGUCCUGUAUGGUUCCUCAUCUACAGUGGAAGAGGGAACUGUUGUGAAAAAUACGGUAUUGGGAAAUUCUGUGAGGAUCGCUGAUAAGUGCCGUGUGACGAAAUCAGUGGUGAUGGAUGGUGUCGAGAUUGAUAGCGGAUCUACAGUCCAGGAAUGCGUGUUGGCUGAGGGAUGCGAGAUUGGAAGUAACGUGAAGUUGAGCAAGUGUACUGUGGCGAAGGGUGUUAAAGUGUUGAAGUCGGGAGAAUACGAGGAGGAGGACUUUGAUCACGACGAUAUUCGGUUUACCAAUACUCACGGUGUUGCUUCCUGCGGUCAAUGGUGGUGGCGCGACAAGGGGCAUGUAUCGGAGGCCUCGUCUAAUGCAGUGAUUCUAGCUGUGAUGAGGGAGAGGCUGGAGAAAAGUCUGAGGGAUAAGGAGAAGAUGCGACAGAGGAUGGAGCUGUUGGAGGAUGAGUUGGCUCUGUGCAAGGUGAAGAAGCGGUCCUAUAGAGCGGAUGGUAAGCGUCUGAAGGCUGAAGUGGAUACGCUGAGGGCGAGGGCGGCGUGCUUGGGUGAGGAGUCUUCUAGUAAUGUGGAAGAGGUGCGGUAUUGGCAGAAGACGGCAAAAGAAGCGAACAAGCACUUAACUGAGAUGAGUAAGAGCUACAGUCACGAGGUCCGACUCCUGCAGAAGGCAGUCGAGUGUGCCCGGGGUAAUAGUGGCGGCAAACAGCAGUUGAAACCGAGCGAAACCGCUGACCUGGUCGAGAGACUGAGUAGAGCUGUCCUACAGAGAGAUGAAUCUUUUCGGGAGAAGAUACGUCUUGGCACCAAGGUACGGGAGUUUCGGCAGCAAGUGUCGGCCCUACAGAGGGACCGGAACUUGUUAUCGAUGAAGUUGAACGCCGCGACUAGGCAGAUGAAAACGCUGAAGGAGUCUAACAAGCUGCUUAUGGGCGGCUCAUUGUUGGCUCAACGAGGGACUGUGGUGAUGGUGAAAGAGAAGGAUAGGAGAGAGCCAGCUUCCACUGUAACGUCAGAGACUCCUGUACUAGGUGAUGACGAUUUUGAAGUGGAACUACGAGGCUUCGAGCAGCGGUACAUGAUGCUGGCGGAAGGCAGUGACGGUGCUGAGCAGUUGGCGAGCAGAGUACAGGGGGAGUGUAGGGAGCUGAGGAGGGAGGCGAUGCGAUGUAGGGAGGAGGCGGACUCCCUCAGGGGUGACCUCAUGCAGUGGAAGGACUUGGCUGAAGAGAGGUUAGUGGGCGUGGCCGAGCUGAGGGGUCAAGGGGGCAGUAGGGCGACUGGGGACGAGAGAGGGCUGUCGAGCAGUGUUGGUGAUGGUGCUGAGAAGGAAGAUAUAUUUGGCGAGGCGGAGAAGGGUAUGUCGAGUAAUAGUGAUGGAGAGAGAGCCAUGCCCAGUGGUGUUGAUGAACUUGAGGACGCCGAGGAACAGGAGGAAAGAGCGGCGAUAGAUGAGGGACUGGUCGAGGAAGGUUAUGAGUGCAUGACGCUGUACAAGGAGAUACAACAAGUCAACACUGGGCAGACUAUGGAGAUCGCAGUGCUCGAGAAGAGACUCAAUGAUGUGUUAGUUGCAUACGAAGUGGUGGGAGUAGUUGACGGAGUUGCUUACACCAUGACCGUAAACCCUCGAUGCUAUCAGGGAUGCGAACCUGAUGAUAUGACUUGGAUAUCGGAGGUGGUCACCUUGGUCGGCCUGGUGGAGGACGAGGGAGGAAGGGGGCAGAAGCGUCUUGUUGUACCGGAACCCGCUGCAUCGACUGAGCGCGGCAAUGUGAACAUAACUCUGUACCAGUACACACCUACUCUGUAUUACAUCACCGCCUAUGACAGUGAAUUGGGAACAGUGGGAUCGCGGACCGUCGACUUGACAGGUGUUGAGGAGUUUCGAGGUAUCCUGUGGGCGAGCGAAAAGGGUGGUGGGAUCGGCGGUGGGGGACCUCGACAGGUCACGGGCGGCAUAGGAGGCGGCGGCGGUGGGGGAGGAGGAGGGCCCGCUGGGGCAUAUCUCGGCUUGGGAGGAGCACCAAGGACCACAUUGUUAGCGAUGGGGCUUUCCAGUGAGGACUUUAAGCAAGGCCGCGGACGCGAUACCGCCAGAGUUGACCAGCCAGGCGACAUCCUCAGACAAAACGAUUCCACUAGCCAUGAGGAACUCCCCAAAGGCCUCGUGUUCAAUGCCCCUAUGCACGGCAGAUGCGAAGUCAACUCCGGCACCCCCAACUUCAGCUGA